AUGAAUUCAAUCUACCCGCCACAUGACAACUAUGUGUACUACUGUGAGAGGAACAAGAUCCAGAACCCAUCCUACUAUCACCAGGUUGCUCAACAAUUUCCUCCUGGAGCAAUCCAGCAACAACAUAUUAUCCAGCAACAGCAACAACAAUCAUCCCAACAACAACAAUCACAACAAGCAUACUAUAAUCCAUCAAACACGGCCACAACAACUUCUGCUAUAAAGCCACAGUAUACCUACCAAACAUCAUCAUACCAACCAAACCCGAUUACUUCGCAGCCACCUCUGCAGACAAUCAAAUACCAACAAACAUAUCCACUCUACAAUCCCUACCAAUAUUCGGACAGUGCCGCUGGAGCUGUUGGAGCGGCCGCCUCCGCCGCCAGCUCUGCCUCGGCCUCCGAUGCCAGCAAUCAAGAGUCAAGUAGGCAUCACCUCUACAAGGCCAACCACAGCAAUGCUCCAAGCCAACACCAGCCGAUUUCCACGGCCACCCACUUGAAGCAACUGGCGCCAAUCAAAGAGAGUGUGAUUGACAUCAACUCUGACAACAUCUUCAACAACCAUGUAUCUGCCCCAGUCAAGAAGACCACCAACAUGGCCGCCGGAAGCAGUGGUUCGGCGGCUGGUGCCAAGAAGCCUGGGGAGCAUCCAAAGUCCGUGUCCUUGGAGAGCUGGAACUUCAACGGAGAAAGCACGUCCAAGAUCUACGCCGCGCUAAACCGACGUGCCGACUUCCACAAGAGCUCCGCAUCCAGCCGCAUCAUCUUUGUCAAGAAGGUGUUCAACUGGCUGGCGGCUCACGACCCGGACUACCUAAAGAGCAACAAGACCGAGGAGCUAGUGUCAGCCAUCAGUGACAUCAUCAACAUGAUCAUCAGUUUGAUCGAGUUGCACCGUGCCCCUUCCUUUGUACUAUACUUAAUCAUACUCGCCUCUGACCGAUUCGUCGCCAGAACCGGUAUCAAUCAUCAUCAAAUAUUUAACUUAUUGUUGACAAGCUCCAUUGUCAACCUCAAGUUCUGGAACGAAAGCUUGUAUAUCCAGAACAAAACCAUUGCAGACAUCUUUUCCUUCAAUGUAAAAGACCUGAACACAAUGGAGAGAAGGUUCCUGUACGGUCUUGAUUACAACCUCUGCGUCAGCGAGGAGCAACUUCGUAAAUAUAUCGAGCAGAUCAAGUGCCAGAAUAUCUCCAGCAUGUUCGAUGCCAACGAUAAAAAGUAG